AGGACGCUGGCAGCGAGGUAAACCGAUCCGGGGGACUUCUGGCUCGCUCGCUUUUCUAUCCGACACCGGGUUGAAUGAGCGACGACGGCUAACCAGUUUAAAGAAUACGGAACUGUGUGUAGGAGAUUUACUCUUUUAAAAAAAUGAGCCAGUGUUGCGUCUCCGGCAGUGUUAUUGUGUGUUUUCUAACUCCGCCUGUAGCUGGUACUGCUGCUCCAGGAGCUGCUGCUGGUGUCACUUACAGCUCCUGUGUUACUAUGACAUUUACCAAGAAGAUUGCUCAAUAAUAGAUGAGCAGCUCUUGGUGAGACUUGCCAUCAGCCUCUCUCCUUGCUGUGCAUCAUCAUCAUCAUCUUCCCUUUGCAGCCGUAAAUGUGGAGUUGUCCCAUAAUUUCUAAACAGUUGUCUUGAACAUCAGAGCAGACAAUGGCUCAUGUCUGCUGUGUCAGUGAUGAAUGUGGAGCACAAGGCAUGGAAAGGAACAUCGGAGACCAGCUCAACAAAGCUUUUGAAGCUUAUCGCCAGGUCUCCAUCGAAAAGGACAAUGCAAAAAAGGAGCUGCAGCAAAGGACUGAAUAUUAUGAGCGAUACACUCAGGAGCUUCAGAAGCAGAUAGAAGACCAGCAGCGGCUGAUUACAGAACUGGAAGCUAAGUUGUCAGCAACAAGGCAACCAUCAGGAGAGAUGAAAUGUGAGCCUUGCAACCAUCUCCUCGAUGGGGCCAACACUUUUAGGAAUAUGCAGUACCCGGAGAACAUGGGCACUGUUGCUGUUGCUCCUAAUUUGCCAGUCAACAGCAGCGUUGACUAUCAGGACAUGCUGGAAGCAUUUGACGCAAUUCAAGGCAAAUUCCGACAGAUUCGGUCUUUAACCAGAAGACAAAAAGAUCACCUAAAAAGAUUCCACGGAGGAAGUGAUACAUCAAAUGAUCAGCGGUUCUCCAUGCCCAUCCAGUGCACAGAUCGCACCGCCGAGGCAGAGCGACCCUUUUCCGCAGCUCUGAGAUCAGCCGCCGAUGCCCCCCUCCUGCCUGCAUCUCUAGCGUCCCGCGGCGUCUGCCAGGAGGACAGGGACUUGGUAGACUCUCUCACCAAACUCAGUGUCAAAUUCCCACCCUCUGCGGACAGUGAAUAUGACUUCCUGAACAGUGCUCCAGAGAGACACAUUGGUCUGACCAUGCCCAUGAAGCGGCCUCUCAGCAGCGUCUCCUCCACGCUGACAGAGGAGGAGCCCGUGGAACUGCCCAUGCCUUUUGUCUACCCCACAUCCCCCUCCCAUUCAACAUCAUCCUCGCUCUCCCAGGAGAGCGUGCGGGGACCCCAGCAGCCUGUCUGGAGCCCUGAGCUGUGUGAUGCAGUUGACGUGGGGACAGAGCUGGCGACGCCUCAGAGCAGCAGUCCGGAUAAAUGUGCUUUCUGCCAUGCUGUGGUUCCUCAGGACCGUAUGAACAGCCACCUCUACUUGCAUUUCUCUCCUAAGAAUGAAGCCGACGAUUGACAGCGGAAACAGAGACUGACGGGCGAAGGCCUCAACUACUUCAAGACUUUUACUGUUUUCAUGGUCUAGUCCUGCCUGCCAUGAAGUACAAGCGCUGUACUGGAUCUGAAAUGACACUGCAAUAAGACUUGAAUCCAUUUAUUUAAUAUUGAAGAUUUGAUGGUACACUUUUUCUUUUUUUUUUUUGCCCAUUAUAUUUUUCUAAUAUCACGCUGAGAUUUUACAAUGAUGCAUAUGGUAUAUAAGAGCAAAUAAACCGACAUUUACUCUUGCAACAAUUUUUAGCAUUUGAAUUGUUUUCAAACGUGCGAAUAUAAAAAUAAUAUAGAAGUGAGCCAGUGAAGACGUCCAUACAUAAACACAUCAGACGGUCAGGGUGGUGUAUUUAUGAGCUUUGUUUCUUUAACGUCUUUAUACAUUUUUAAUUGAAGCUAUUUACAUUUUUUUGUUAAUGUUAGUUGUUGCUUCGAAAUGGAAAUUUGCAAUACUUCCUGCAGGAACACCUUUGCCCCCAUUUUAUGUUGGCUUUGAGAUCUCAUCGAACCGCCAUAUGUUACGGAGAAGAAAUGCCAACAAUAUGCAUCAAUUUCUCUUUUCGAGAUUGGUGGACAGGUUGAUUAGCACUACUUUCAGGUGAAUUCCUCUUCUUCUUCUGCAUUCUAUGCUUCAGCAGCUGUAGUUCAUUCUUGGUUUUGAGAUAUUUCCAACUUUGAACUCGGUUGUAAAGUUAUUAUACCAUGUGUUCAUUAAGACUGUCUGCACAGACACUCUUCCAAUUAGACGCCAAAUUACCGCGCCAGCUGUGGAGAUAAAGUUUGCAUUGAACUGUAUUUACGGAAGCACAUUUAUACGAACAUGAUACGAGGAUUUCACUCCAGUUAUGCUAUUUAAAGUAAUGACUGUAGGUGUGCCAGAUCUAAAUUACAUUAUGAGCAACACUGUAAAAAAAAAAGAUUGAAAACUAUGACAAUUUCACAGCAUUUUAUAGAGGUUAAAAACACGAACAGUAAUUUGUAAAAAACCCCGCUCACUGUGUCAAAAAAAAAAAGUACACAUUCCACUGUGUGUGCAUUACCUGUUAUUUGACUAAACCUGAAUCUUUUUUUAAACAGUAGCAUCGACUCGUGACUUUUGCAGCGUUUAUUCACACCUUGACAAGACAUUGCCGUGAUUUUCACCAUUCGGUGUGAUGAUGUUUGUGGAAACGGGGACGCUGUGUGUUGGAACACUUUGUUGAGCAGUGAGGCCCUUGUAGACCUUCAGCUUUGGGCUGGUAACACUUGCGCUGGGUAGAUGAGCUGGUGUGAAGACUACAAACAACAUUUUUUUAUUUUUUUUUCCUCUUUACAAACGCUGAGUGUCUUAACUCAUUUUGGAUAAUCAAACACUCUUAAUGGACUGAUUGAUUUCUUACUUUCGACCCUAAAUGAUGUAUGCCGCUCAGUCGUUCUCCGUGCUUCAUAAAUGGAUCAAAAGGGUGUAAAAAAAAAAAAAAAAGUCACGUUAUAGUACUAUCAGCUAUUUUCAACUAAUGAGUCAUUAGGCUACCAUAGGAGAGCACAUUAUCUACUUAAAGGCAAGUAGUGGAAACAGAUGCCAUUUGGUGGAUACACAAAGGUGAUUAUUACAUAUUGAUCUAAUGUAAUGUGUAAAUCAUAAUUCGUGUUUAUUUUGGAGUGACAUAAACCAAAUAAUUCUGCGUUUCACCUCAUCAUGAGCACUGAGGGGAGAAUUUAUUCAGAUUUUUUUUUUUUGGCAAAUACAUAUCCCUAAUGAUCCUCUCUGGUUAAUCUGUGAACAGUCGAACAUUGUGCAGCCUGCAUGCUUUUCUCUCUGGGAUCAUGAACAGCUGCUUGCUCAUAAUUAUGUUGUCAUUCAUUGUUAUUUGGAAGAGGAAACUCGUUCUGACAGCUAGAUUUUUUUGUGUGUGUGUGUGUAUUUCCGUACACUAUAUUUACUCGUGUAUACAGUAAUGUGACCGGUUGGGGUAAAAUUCCACUUUAGCUCUAAGGCGUAGUUGUUGCUGUCGUUUUCAGCGGAGUGUAAGAUCCAUCUUUGUCCUUGGGACAUUUGCUACCAGAGCUGGUAGAUUUGAACAAGAUUUAAGAGCUAUAAAAAAAAAAAAAAAUGAAAGCGGACGACAAAAAAAAAAAAAAAGGAGAAGGAUAUGGAUUGAGACGGAGAAGUAGCAGGCUGAUUACAAGGUGUCAAAAUUGCCAGGAGCAAGAAGGUGAAAGCAAUCAGGGGUGAGAAGAGUGCAGCAUUCGUGAGGGGCAACUAAUUAUCCAUCUCAUUUGUGGAGAGAAGCAUUUGAGGCAGCUCUAGCCCACUGAAUGGUGACAGAUUGGUGCGGAGGAGAGGGGAGGUGUUAGAACAAUGGAGCCCAGCUCACCAUCAUUACUGCAUGCUAAUCAGCAGUGCUUCUGCACCACCAGUCGGUGCUGCAGAGAGUUCGGGGAGACAGGGAAGUCACCGGCUUCAGGGGACUAUAGUCUGGAAGAGAGGGAGGAAACUGAUGCAUGGUUUAUCUGCUGGCACUCUACCACUUCUGAUUUGAGCGUGUAGGUUAUCCUACAGAGACUGAUCUCUGUGGUCUGUGUUAUCAGCUUGUACUUGCAAGAUGAUUGCACCGGGAGUGUUGAGAGUGUUUUUCUGUACAUAAAGCGGAAUAUGAGCUCGCUAUGUGGUGUAAUGCACAGUCUGCGUGUAGGGUAUGUCAUUAAAAGUUUGAAUAAUAAAUAGAAAGAAUAA